AUGGAAGUGAACAGUUAUAGAACUGGUGACUGUUACGAAUGCAGAACAAAAGAAUACAUCAGAAUCAAAAGAGGGAAAUAUUUUUCUAAUCCACCGAGCAAGUUUUAUGACAGACCGCCGUACAGUCCCUCUAUCAAAGGACCAUUUUCAUACACUCCUCCCCCCGGAAACACUCCUAACGAUAUUGGCCCGCCACAUCACUCACCAGCACGUCGAAGGCCAUACAAGGUUAGUAAAAGACCUGACGAAGGUUUGGGAGAAGAAGACAUUCAUAAUAUAAUUAAAUAUUUAUCCAACAAAGAUCUAAAUAAGCUUAUUGAAAUAGCAAUGGAAAGUAAACGUUAUACCGGUUCCAAUCAGCAAGCUGAGUCAACGCUAAAUGAAGACGUAAAUAAUAGAAAUAAUGAACAUGAAAAUACAAAAUAUUUCAUGGGAGGACUAACAAAUACCGAAAAAUAUGUACCAUAUAGUUUUCAGAAUAACAGAAAUACGAAUUAUUUCACGAAUAGCCACCAAGUUCCAGAAUACAAACCGAAUAUGGAGCCAAAAGAUUCGUUUUGGCAGGAACAGGUUUCAUUCCUAGAUACUUACAUUCAGAAGGAAUUAAAUGAAAAGACUCAAGAAAAAAUUAACAUGUACACUGAUAGUGAGACCAUGAACAGAGAACAAUUACCAAAUACGUCCGAUUUACAUAAUCAUGAUUUUGAUGCGUCCUUCACCAAUAACAUCCCGAAUGUUAUAAAAGUAGCUUCAUCUUACGAUAUUAAAAAUUUUGCAAAUCUUCCUCUCAUGAAUAACGAGAAUUCUAAACUAGACACAGUCAACUCUUACGAGGUUCCACAUUAUACAGUAAGUAUUGAAUAUCAAACAGAAUUAAGGAAUAAAUUUAACUAA